UGGGGUUGAGGUACCAGGACGCCUGGAGCUGCGCGCAGAGCCCCGGGAGCCCGUGCCCGGAGAGAGACGACACCGUGUGGCUUCUCUGGGGUGCCACGCUAUACCGUAUUCUCCUGCGCCCCCGGCGCCAGACUCUGGCUGCAGGGAGGAGAGUCUUCGUUUCCAGAAUAGUACAAGAGGCGAAUUGGGAGGAUAUACGGUCUUGAGAGAAAGCGAUGGUGUCUGGAGAUGAGAACACGACCACAGCUAUUUGUGGCCUGAAUUUGAUUUUUUUGAAAGCCUCAUGGGACAUAACACCAUUGCUGGAUGCCUGGUAAAAUUAAGAGACCUGACUGCGUGAGAGGCACUCUGCGUGGGCGCAGGAUGUCACCUGGAAUCAAGUAACUAAAUGAGCCAGAUGUUCCUUAACUUUAAAUGGAGGAGCCCAGAUGAGUACUGAUUUCCACGUAUGCGGUGCUACUUAGAACUGGCCCAGUGUCGAAACCCACCAACUAUAGAGAGUUCACUAAUCAUAGCCUGGUCUGCAACUCUGUUUUUACACCUCAGUAUACCUGAGAGCGCUCUUCUGCACAUAAAGAUGCCUUUGCACUUCUGAUAAAUGCAAACUGACAGCUCCCAAGGCCAGGACAGAAGCAACAUCAUUGCUGCCGGAAGCCUGGAAGACUGCCCUUAGAAAAGGAAAGUCCCCAGUUGUCUGAAAUGCUGAAGAAGUUGCUGAGGAGGAGACUUUUUUCUUAUCCCGCUAAAUACUACUUCUUGCUUCUUGUUUUUUCUCUAGUCACCUUCUCUGUUCUAAGAAUUUAUCAAAAGCCCGAGUUUGUGAGCAUUGAACAUUUGGAUCUGGUCGGAGACGAUCCUAGUAGUAAUAUCAAUUGCACCAAGGUUUUACUGGGUGAUGUAGAUGAAGUUGAAAAGGUAAAGCUUGAGAUUCUAACUGUGAAGUUUAGAAAGCGCCCUCAGUGGACAACUCAUGACUAUAUAAACAUGACUAGUGAUUGUACUUCCUUCAUCAAGAGGCGCAAAUAUAUUGUAGAACCCCUUAGCAAAGAAGAAGCAGAGUUUCCAAUAGCAUAUUCCAUAGUGGUUCAUCACAAAAUCGAAAUGCUUGACAGGCUCCUGAGGGCCAUCUACAUGCCUCAGAAUUUCUAUUGUAUUCACGUGGACAAAAAAUCAGAGGAUUCCUUUUUGGCGGCAGUGAUCGGUAUUGCGUCCUGUUUUAGUAAUGUCUUCGUGGCCAGUCAGCUGGAGACCGUGGUGUAUGCGUCGUGGAGUAGGGUCCAGGCCGACCUCAACUGUAUGCAGGACCUCUACAGAAUGAGUACAGACUGGAAGUACUUGAUAAAUCUCUGUGGUAUGGAUUUUCCAAUUAAAACCAACCUGGAAAUUGUCAGGAAACUCAAGUCGUUAAUGGGAGAAAACAACCUAGAGACAGAGAAAAUGCCACCCCAUAAAAAAGAAAGGUGGAAAAAACAUUAUACGGUUGUUAAUGGAAAGCUGACAAAUACAGGGACUGACAAAACACACCCUCCUCUGGAAACACCUCUGUUUUCGGGCAGUGCCUAUUUUGUGGUCAGUAGGAAGUAUGUGGAGUACGUGCUAGAGAAUGAACAAAUCCAAAAGUUUAUGGACUGGGCAAAAGACACAUACAGCCCGGAUGAGUAUCUCUGGGCCACCAUUCAGAGGAUCCCUCAAGUUCCAGGCUCACUGCCCUUAAGCCAUAAGUAUGACAUGUCUGACAUGCAGGCGAUUGCUAGGUUUGUCAUGUGGCAGUACUUUGAAGGCGACGUUUCCAAGGGCUCCCCCUAUCCACCCUGCAACGGUGUCCAUGUGCGCUCUGUGUGUGUCUUUGGAGCAGGUGACUUGAACUGGAUACUGCGCAACCACCACUUGUUUGCCAAUAAGUUUGACAUGGACGUUGACCCCUUUGCCAUCCAGUGUUUAGAUGAACAUCUAAGGCAUAAAGCUCUGGAGACGUUAAAACACUGACUAUUCAUUGUCCGCAAUUUUAGAAAAAGUGAGAAUGCUGCCUGAGAUGUAUCCCAUCUGAGUCUUCUGCCCUGUUAAUAAACUUCAGAAACACUGUAGGGGGUGCUCUUUGGAGCGGGGCCUCCAGCUGUUCAUGUCAGAGAAGCUGCAUGGUCUACGCAGAGCACAGUUGCUUGGAAAGCGUACAGCACUAAGUGCUGACUUAGAGUUAACAUGAGGCUAGGGCAGUUUGUGAGGCUUUGUUGGGGAGAGGUGGCCCCGGAGGCCAGAUGCAAGCCUGUUACAGAGCUCAGGGACUUAACAAAAUAAUAAGAUUUAACUUGUGCCAAAAUUACUUCGAGAGCUUUAAAUAUAACAGUUUUCUUGAUUUGAAUAAAUUUAUAGCAAAACCCAAUCAUAAUGAUAUAAUUUAUAUUGUAAGUUAUAUGGUUGAAUUAGAAAUCUGACUUUACUGUAAAUGAUUCUUGUGAAUACAGUUGACUUUCUGCUGCAA